AUGUCCAACUCAUCGAAUCCGUGGGCGCCGGACGAGGACUCCGCGACUGUCUAUGCAGAGGAGACAUGGCUGCAGGGCAACCUGCUCAGCAAUAUCGCGUAUGGCGUCGAGUUGACGCUAUUUGUGAUGUGCUUCUGGAUACUCGCGCGGCAGACAAAACGCUCCAACUGCAAGCGGCAACUCUUUCUGCUGUCGUUCAUUUCGAUCAUCUUCACCCUCGGUACGGUUUUCAUGGGCGCACAGGCCAAGUUCACGCAGCAGGCGUUCAUCGAAUACCGCAACUUUCCUGGCGGGCCGAGCGCGUACGAGGAGGUCAUGUACUCCAAUCCGGUGGACGAGAUCGCCAAUGUGUGCUUCAUCGUCGGAAACUGGUUUAUGGAUGCGUUCCUGGUGUGGAGAUUUGUGGUUAUUUACAAGGACAUCGGCAGGUUUUGGGUGUCCAUGCUGACACUACUACCGUGUGCGAUGUUGUGCACGUCCAUCGCGCUUGGGAUCACCUUCCUCGUCCAAACCUCCGCCUCGUCACCCUUCGUGGACGUUAAUAUGACACUCGCUUACUAUGUCAUGUCACUCGCGCUCAACAUCAUCGUCACCAUGCUCAUCGUGGGCCGCCUGCUCGUGUACCGGCGCCGCAUCUCGAAGACGCUCGGCCCGAGCCACGUUACAUGUUAUGCCAACGUUGCCGCGAUCCUCAUAGAAAGCGCAUCAAUGUAUUCGGCGUUUGCUAUUCUGUUCCUCGUGCCCUUUGGUUUAGGAAACAACCUGGGAAACGUGUUCUUGCAGACGGUCAACCAAGUGCAGACGGUGUCGUCACUUCUUAUCAUUUUCCGCGUCGCGACCGGGAAGGCAUGGGCGGAAGAUACGACCACGCAGAUAAUGACAAAUCCGGGGAGCGAUACCAUCCGUCUCAAGAAAUUCACCAGUAUACAGUUUGCAACGGGCAAUACUUCAACCGCUGCCAAUUCGACGCUUACCGCAAAAGAUCUUCCUCUUGAGCCUGGAUGCGUCUCCAUCACCCACGAGACGUUCCGAGACGAUGGCGAGUCAUCUGUAUGAUGAGAACUGACGGACAUGUUGUAUUGUACUUCGCGCGCCGUGUGUAAUGUCUCUUUUCGGCUUA